AUCAUCCGUGUUCAGAGAGGAGUUUCAGCAGAAAACAGUUGGCAGAUUGUGAGGCGAUACAGUGACUUUGACUUGCUUAAUAAUAGCUUGCAGAUCUCCACUCUAAGUCUACCUCUUCCUCCAAAGAAAUUGAUUGGAAAUAUGGAGCGUGAAUUCAUAGCGGAAAGACAGAAGGGACUCCAGGCCUAUCUGGAUGUAAUUACUACCCAUCACCUACUGUCCAACUGUGAACUGGUAAAAAAAUUCUUGGACCCAAACAGCUAUUCUGUAAACUACACUGAAAUUGCCUUACAGCAUGUUUCAAUGUUCUUCCGAUCGGAGCCAAAGUGGGAAGUGGUAGAACCACUGAAAGAUAUAGGUUGGCGAAUACGUAAGAAAUACUUCUUAAUGAAGAUUAAGAAUCAACCAAAGGAACGACUAGUGUUAAGCUGGGCUGAUCUUGGCCCUGAUAAAUACUUGUCUGACAAAGACUUACAGUAUGCUGUGAAACUUCUUUCUUCCUGUUCUCAUCCCUAUAUUUACAAAAUCACUUUUGCCACUGCCAAUGAAUCUUCAGCACUGGUUAUUAGACCAUUCAGUGAAAAAGGGACACUAAAGGACCUUAUUUAUAAGGCAAAGCCAAAAGACCCUUUCCUGAAGAAGUAUUGCAAUCCUAAAAAAAUUCAAGGUCUUGAACUUCAGCAAAUUAAAACAUAUGGAAGGCAAAUACUAGAGGUAUUAAAAUUCUUGCAUGAGAAAGGAUUUCCUUAUGGCCAUCUUCACUCUGCCAAUGUGAUGUUGGAUGGGGACACCUGCAAGUUACUGGAUCUAGAAAAUUCCUUAUUGGGACUCCCAUCAUUUUAUCGAUCAUACUUUUCACAGUUUCGGAAAAUUAACACUUUAGAAGGUGUGGAUAUACAUUGCUUUGGACACUUACUGUAUGAAAUGACAUAUGGAAGACCCCCAGAUACGAUUCCAGUUGACAGCUUCCCUCCUGCACCAUCAAUGUCUGUUGUGUCAGUGUUGGAAUCCAUUCUGACCUGUGAAGCUCUGAAGAAUGGGAUGCCAACUGCUUCACGGCUCUUACAGAUGCCAUUAUUCAGUGAUGUCCUGCUAACAAAUUCGGAGAAACCUCAGUUUAAGAUUCCUACUAAGCUAAAAGAGGCACUGAAGGCUUCCAAGGAGUGCACAGAAAAACGAUUAACAGAAGAACAGAAAUUGAUUCACCAGCACAGAAGGCUGACAAGAGCUCAAUCUCAUCAUGGCUCUGAAGAAGAAAAAAAGAAAAGGAAAAUCUUAGCACGAAAAAAGUCAAAACGUUCUGCCUAUGAAAGUGGGGAAGAACACUCAGCAAAAUACAGCAACUCCAAUAACUCAGCAGGCUCUGGGGCGAGUUCCCCAUUAACAUCUCCAUCAUCCCCCACUCCACCCUCCACAGCAGGAGCAUCGUUGAUACCCCCAGCACCACCACCACCUCCCGUGCCACCAGCAGCUCCUCCUCCAAGAGCAGAGGUGCCAACGCAGCCAAGCCUGCAGCCUGACGUCAGUGCAAGCCGAGGAGCCUUACUCAGCUCCAUCCAAAACUUUCAGAAAGGAACUCUGAAGAAAACACAGACCUGUGACUACAGUGCUCCCAGGAUCAGCUGAGGCCACUGGUCACACCAGGAUUGAAUUCCCUCUUCCCUCCUGUGCUGUCUUGGAACAAGACCCUCCAGACCAGAGACUGAUCCACCAGCCCAUUGUGCUGUAGCACCUAUUACCCUGAUUUCAGCUUUUCUUGAGCAGCAGCACCAGCCUGUCUGGAUUGUGGUGCUGUGUUAAGUACUCCAUUCUUUACUUGGUUUCAAGAACUUUGUUCUCUAGCUUCAGCUUCAGGGGAACAGCAACUUCUACAUGGCUGAACAAAAACCUGAGAAUAGGAA